AUGUCACUACUUGACAGGUACAACUCGCAACUGGUGGACGAGGGCGACGCGGAGGACCAGGAGUUUCUCGAUCUGCUCGACGACGACGAGGCGUUCCAGGGCUACCGAGAACAGCGUAUUGCCGAACUGUCUAGACAGAUGAAGGAGGCCAAGGACGGCGCACAGAGCGGCCACGGCAGCGUACAGACGCUGGAGAGCGACAAGGACGUGCUGGAAGCCACCACCUCGGCUGACCGGUGCGUGAUCCACUUUUUCCAUCCCGAUUUCACACGAUGCAAAAUCAUGGACAGCAAACUGGAACAACUGGCAGCACGACACUUGGGCACGCGUUUCGUACGUGUGGAUGCGUCCAAGGCACCGUUUCUCGCCACAAAACUCGGUCUCAAGGCUCUUCCCGUUGUAGUCUGCUACAUCAAGGGCCAGGAGGCUACCCGGGUGGUUGGCUUCGAACGACUCGGAGGAACAGACAACUUCCAGCUCAGCGCACUGGAAAACCUGCUCUACACUUAUGGAAUCAUCCAGAGAGUGGGAACAAGCGGCAUGCGACGUGCGGAGAAGAAAAUGGAGGAGGAAGAUGAGGACUGGAGCGAUUAA